AUGAAGAUGCUGGAAAUUAAUGGUAUAAAUUUUGACUUGCCUGAUAGAUAUGAGCCUAUUAAACUUAUUGGAAAAGGAACUUAUGGAGCUGUCGUCUCAGCAAUUGACAAUCUUAACAAAGAAAAAGUUGCUAUUAAAAAACUUUCAAAAAUAGAGGAUAUGAUAGAUUCAAAAAGAGUACUUAGAGAAAUAAUGAUAAUGAGAAACUUACAGCAUGAAAAUAUUCUUGGAUUAAAAGACGUAGUUUAUGUACCAAAGGAAGGUGAGGUUCUUGGAGAUAUAUACUUAGUCAGUGAGCUCCUGGAGACAGAUCUUAAUAGAGUGAUAAAGUCAAAGUAGAAACUAAAAAUUGAACAUAUACAAUACUUCCUCUACUAGGUGCUAAGAGCUUUCAAAUAUAUUCACUCUGCAAAUAUCAUUCAUAGGGAUUUAAAGCCUAGUAAUAUUCUUUUAAAUGAAAAUUGUGACUUAAAAAUAUGUGAUUUCGGACUAAGCAGAAAUCUCAGCAAAGAAAAGGGAGAGGAUUUAACAGAAUAUGUUGUGACUAGAUUUUACAGAGCUCCAGAGAUUAUGCUUUCAUCUCAUGAGUACUCAAAAGCUGUUGAUGUCUGGUCCGCUGGUUGCUCCUUUGCAGAAAUAAUGAACGGAAAGAUUUUAUUCCCAGGCCAGCAUUAUAUAGAGUAGAUUAACCUCAUUAUCAAUUUAAGAGGUACUCCUGAUGCAAAGACAAAAGAGCAAAUUACAAAUGAGUAUGCGUUGAAAUAUAUUGAAUCCUUGCCCCACAAGGAAAAAGUACCACUUUAGGAAAUGUUCCCUACCUUCCCAAAAGAGGCUCAUGACCUUCUUGAUAAAAUGCUCGAUUUAAACCCAGCAACUAGAAUCAUUGUAAAUGAUGCAUUAAAACAUCCGUUCCUUGAAUCAAUGCAUGAUCCUGAUGAUGAGCCAGAGUUUGAAGGGCAACUUGACUUUUCAUUUGAGGAAGACCCUAACCUAAAUCUUGACAAGGUCAAGAGAUUAAUUUUAAAGUAAUCUAAAUAGUUUAAAUUGAAUUUAUUUUAGGGAAAUUUCACUUUACAAUCCUGCCUAUUAUGA